AUGAUGAUUGUCCCUCGUCUUGUCACCUGCGCUUUCCAUUUUGGGAAUUUUCGUGCUCCACUUGCUCAUCAUCUGCAGCCGGCUCCCUCCCCUCCCUCCCCUCCCGCGAGGCCGCAACAAGAUCCAGCUACAUCUCCUCCUGCACCCUCGAUCCCCACUCUCUCUCUCUCUCUCUCUCUCUCUCUCUCUCUCUCAGCCUCCCAGUCGCAGGCAGGGCACGCCCCAACGCUCACGCCGCCGGCCAAUUUGGGGAUUACAGUACAGCAACAUCCCAGGCUUCCGGCGUCCAGCACUUGCAAGGUUCGCGACGUGCACUUCUCUCCCGCGUCGAUGAAGAUUUGGCCAGUGGUUGGCAUGGGGCCAGUGGCCGAUGUCGUCCUCUCCGCCCUCAUCGUCAUCUUGGCCGCCGCCCUCAUCUUCGGCAUCAUCACCGGGCUCGCCUUCUGUGUAGUUUUCUGCCUCGGUGGUCCGCCCAACCUGCUGGGCGUCCUGCCGGUCGCUGGCAUCGUCCUCGGUGGGGGCCAGGUGGGAGGCGGCCAGGCGAUCGCAGGCGGGCCAUAGGUGGACUGGUGUAUUCAUUGGCAUCUAUCUAAUGUAACAUGAACCAUUGCGUUACCUAAUGUUCUGAGCUUGAUAGUAUUUCUAGACGGCCAAGCAAAACCGGCAAUACUUGGCACCA